UUGUCCCGCCUCUCGGGGCCGGUUCGGUCUCUUCCCGAACACCGCCUCUUUCUCCCGGUGAUUGGCCAGCAGACAGUUCCCGUGGCAACGGACACCACACGCCCAUCCUCCAGCCCUAAGGGCAUCGCCUACCUCCGCUUAGCCACUUUGAAGCGAGGGCACGGGGGCGGAGCCUGAAACUUGCUGCGCAUGCGCCCUGGCUUCUCACGGAUUGGUGAGCGCCCUCCCCUUGCUCCCCCCCGCCCCGGACUCCCUUAGCAACGGUCGCCGUUGAGACGGAGGGAGACGCUCGCUGCGGAUUGGCCGCCCCGGCCCCUCUGCGCCGCGGAUUGGCUGAGGCGUCGCCGGAGGGAGGACUUGACAAUCGCGGCCCGAGAACCGGCGUUCCCAGGCCCCGGGCGGGACGCGGCCCGCGGUGAUCCGCGCCCAGGAAGAGCGACGAGAUGAUCCGCCCCAAGUGCAGCGAGUUGACGGCCCUGAAGAUCCCGUCGGAGCGUGACCAGCCCUCCGCGCUGCCGCGGGAACCCCCGAGGGGCCUCGGCUCGGUGGAUGGGUCCGCCACGCGGAUGGCGACGGGGGCGCGGCCCGGGCCCGGAACCACGGCGGCCUCGGAAGAAGCGGAUGAAGACGCUGCGGCCACCUUGUUCCCGCCCCCGCUGCCCCAACCGCGGAUCUGCCUGUGGAAGUACCUGGAUACGCAUUCCAUGCACAGGCUGCAGAAGACAGCCAGCACGGAGGAGAUGAGGGAGGUGCUAGCUGAGCUCUUGGGGCUAAGCUGUCCUGAGCCAAGCCCGAAGGAGGCCAUCACCCUAGACCUCUUCUCCCACGCACUUAUCUUCUGCCGUCAGCAGGGCUUCUCGCUGGAACAGACAUCCACAGCUUGUGCCCUGCUCCAGGACCUUCAUAAGGCCUGUGUUGCAACCCCCCUGGGCAACGUGGAGGAAUGUUACCGCUACUUCAUCAGUGUCCUUUUUUGCCACGGAGUCAGGCGGCCCCCCUUCAGCAUCAACCUCUUUAGGGAGGAACAGCUGCUGGCCCUGGCAGAUUAUGUGGUCAACACCUACUUCCGCCACUUCAAGCUCUACAAAUACGUCUUCACGCCCCAGGUGCGACUGGAUCUGUCUUUGACUUACGUGGGGCUGCAGCCCCCCAAGCUCUUGCCAGAGGAGGAGACAGAGAAAGGCGGCGAGGAGGUGGAGCAGGGCGUCAGCCCACAAGAGGAACCAGAAACAGGGGUCCAGCCGGAGCCGGAGCCGGAGCCGGAGCCAGAGCUAAGCCGGGUCUCCAGCCUGCAAGCCUACAUCAGGACCCAGAUGAACAAGGAGCUGAGGCAGCUCCAACAGCUGAUGGAGGAGCAGCUCCAGGCCAGCGAGGACCGGCUCAGCAGCAAGCUGACCACCCUAGAGCGGCCCUUCCAGCCACCUUCUGGCAAAGGCAAGAACAAGACCAAGUGACCCCCAGCAUUUUCCCCAAUAAACCCCCAGGGCAGGGCAGCCCCAUCCCCGCCCUGCUCCCUGAGCA